AAAUAAACUCCACGUCAACGAUAUUUUAUCGCUUCUUCUGUCUUUCUCAGACACACAGAGUGACAAAACCUAGUCACCGGCAAACAAAAAAAAACUCUGUUUCCAGACCGAAUUUUCUCAUCGGAAAAUGUUACGUCAGCUUCCACCAACUAUUACGGCGGACGCCACGCCGGAUUGGCUUCCCGUCGGUUGGAUUGUUCACUCUACAGUUCUAAAACGCGGUCGUCAAACUAAGACAUACACGCAAUUGAGAACAGGGAAAAAGUUAUCUACAAAGGAUCAAGUUCUUGAGUACAUUAAAAUGGAGAAAAUUCGAGAAAAACGAGAAGCAGGAAUCCAGAGGAAUAAAGCAAGUUUAAAAGCCUUACAAGAUAGAGAGACCGCAAGCGAAAGGCCUUCGUGCCUUCCGGAUGAAAGGAAAGCAGAGUUGGGGAUUGGUUCUGUUAGUGGACACCCUUACAAGAUGAAUGUGAACACAUCAAAUGAUUUUAAAACCAAUCCACAGGAGACAGUGGUAUUAGAUGAGAACACUAUGGAAUCUGAAGAUUCAUCGGGUGAAGAAUACGGAACCGGGUGUAAUGAAAUUACGUAUGCAAUUGAGGAGGAUGAAGAAGAUUUUUCAGAGAGGGAAUAUGUCGAAAAUGUGGAGAAUUUAUCUAACAUAACCUCUACUCCUCUACGGUCACAGCCAGAAAGAAUGCAGAAAUUGGAGUCUCGAGCAAAAACGCAAUGUGUGUUUGAAGAUGAGGAUAUGAGUAGUGACAGUGACAACAAACUUAUUCCAGAAGCUGAGACCUCGAAAGACGAAAAUGCUUGGGGAGAGGCUUGUGUUGUAUCUAACCUAGUUGAGUCUUUUGAAGAGAAAAGCUCGCAUGGUGUUGUGGUUGAAUGUGAUGAUAAGGCGAGGGAGAUCCCGGGUUUGACUGGAUCACUUACUGUUGAAAUCAACCUGGACUGUGAACCUGCAAGUGAUAGUUUGGUAGAGAAGAAUUGGAAUAAAAGUGGGAGCGAAGGAAUAGGAAAAAGAUACAUUGAGAUCAUUGACCUAGAGAGUGACGUGAUUCACAUAAGUGGCUCAUCAAAAGUUGUUGAAGUGACUCGGGAAUCUGGCGAUACAAGUAAAGAGCCUCUGAAAGCUCAUUCUGCGCAGGAAGAACCUGAUAACGAGUGGGGAAAAUCGGUCUUCUUUCCAUACAGAGAAGCCCCUUCACAUUCUGUUCUUGUCUUUGAAAAUUCUAAUGCUAGAUCAUCAGUGGAAGAUCUUAGCAACACCAUUGAGCUGGGUUUAAACCCUCAAGAAAAGAACAUCAGUGGCUCCAAAAAGCGGAAGAAAAAUACGGAAACAUGUUCAUCUACGAACACCAAGAAGAAAGGCAUUGAAGCACCAACAAAAAAACUUCAGAAAGGCAAGACACCACCAAGCAAACCGCAUGGCAAGACGGGAAGUUCAAGUGUAAUGAUGGACAAAAACCCUAAUGAUUGGCUUAAACAGUGCCCAAACUUCCCAUUUGAGCCACUCACAAGAUCAUUUCAAGUAGAGGAUGACUCGGUAAUCCGCAUGUAUUUGGAGCAACACUUUGCGGCUCCAGGAAGUGAUGAUAGUAGUCUACCUUUACCCGAUUUCGGAUUGCCAACCUUCUCCAACAUCAAAAUCUCACUGAAUGAAGAACCUGCAUCCAAGAAAAAGAAGUCUCCUGAUCCUCCAUGUGUACAAGUUGCAAGUUCAAGCUUACCUAGUUGCAGUUCCAUGGGUACUAGUAUGCUACAAACAGUUGCAGGACACUAAAGAGACACUGAGACUUGCAAGUUUAAGAUGAAAUUGGGAUUUGUUGGGAUGAAAAUUCUAGAAAUUUCUAAUUUCAUCUGCUAAAUGUUGCGAGUCUCACCUAAUGGCUUUUUCCGAGCUUUGUUUUAAGAAGUCCCUUGUUUUAAGAUCUAUGUGAAAGGGAGUUUUUUUUUUCC